AUGGUCUUGGAAGGAUUCCCCGAAUCCGUGGGAAACUCGGUGGCACGAGCGGCUACCCAAGCCCAAACAUCCGUCUCCCUCCAAGAUUUGAUGCGCACCGGCCAAGGCGAGUACUUGCAUCGCACCUUUCAAGAUGAUUUGGACAAUGAUCACACUGCUACGGAACUGGUACUCAUUCAAGUGGCAGGCUUUUUACGACGCGAAAUGCCCGUCCGAUUGGCCCAUCGCAUUCAAGAUUUGGAACGGGUACCACUCAUGAAGGAUGCCAAGUCGGUACGGGAUGUACGCGAUUUGUACAUUACGUCCUUUCAGGAACUGGAAGCCUUUGAUCCACUCAUUCGGACACCGCAAGAAGAAGAAGACUUUUCCAAAUUACUCGAAAAUAUAUACGAACGACAUUCCAAAGUACUCGUACAAAUGGCACGAGGCGCCUACGAAUGUAGAGACUUGAUACGGACGCAAAAGGAUCUCGAAUUUGAACUCAUGGAGGAAACACACAACUUUCUGGAUCGAUUCUACCUAUAUCGCAUUGGAAUGCGGGUACUCAUUGGACAGUAUCUAGCAUUGCGCCAACCACCCGUCGAAAACUAUAUUGGCAUUGUGUGCAGUCAUACCAGUCCCUACGAAAUUGUCAAGCGAGCCAUUGACGAUGCCGCCUUUAUGUGUACCCGCAUGUACGGAGAUGCACCCGAAGUCAUUAUGAGUGGACGAUUGGAUCUCACAUUUCCCUAUGUGCCCACUCAUUUGCACUACAUCAUGCUGGAACUCUUGAAAAAUUCCAUGCGUGCCACGGUCGAAUGGCACGGCGUCGAUGCCGAAUUCCCUCCCAUCAAGGUCAUUAUCGCCGAUGGAAAUGACAAUGAAGAUGUCGUCAUCAAAGUCAGUGACGAAGGGGGUGGAAUUCCACGAUCCAACACGAAAAAGAUUUGGAGUUAUCUAUUCACCACGGCCGAUCCCUCCAUACAAGAAAAUGUUGUGGGAGAUAAUCCCGAUCAUUCCACCGAUUCCCCCUUGGCGGGGUUGGGAUACGGGCUGCCCAUUAGUAGAUCCUACUGCCGAUAUUUUGGUGGAGAUUUGUCCAUUAUGAGUAUGGAAGGUGAGUUUUGUCAUGUGAUUCAUAUUCGUGUGAGGCGGAUUUUGGUUGGUGCUUAUUAUGGAUGGCUGACAUUGUCGUUGGACUCGACUCGACUCACGCGGUGGAUUGCGUCAGGAUACGGCACGGAUGCGUUUGUGUAUCUUGCAAGGUUGGGAAAUACAAGGGAACCGCUGCCCAUUUAA